AGGACGUCUGCGGGCUGCUGCUUCUUUCCGCGUCUUUCUCCCCCCCUCCGCCGCCCCCCCAGGAGCCAUGGGGGCGGUAGUCCGCCCAGCAGUGAGAUUCGGGAGGCGCAAAGGACAGAGUCGUCAGUCCACGACAAGUAAUGGCUUAAGUGAAGAUGAAAUUGUGGAGGGAAUAUUUCUUCCGGUGGGAGUAGAUCUUCACCAGAUAACGAUAGUGCCCAAGGUAGAAUGGGAAAGGAUUCAAGACAGCCUCGAUGCCAGAGCUAAAGAAGCAGCACGAGCUCGUGCUGAACGGAAAGAACGGAAAGAUUUGCACUUAAAGUCUCAAGCACUUGUGAAGAAUUGGACCAAUACUAUUGCGGGUAUGUCACAGGCAAAACUGAAAGCCAAAAAAAUACGCCAAGAGAGGGAAGAGAAAGAAAAAAGACUGAUUGACCUGGAAGAAGUAAAGUACCAAGCACAGAAGCGAAAAGAGCUCAUAGAAGAAGCCCAAAACAAAUUGUAUCACCAAAAUGAAAGAGUGAAAGGAUUCCAUAGAGCCUUCUUACUUACUGAAGUCUUGAAAGAAAGAGAUGCUCAGAUUGAAUUUAAAAAGAAAAACCAAAACCUGUACCAGAAUAUGGAUGAUAAAAUAGAACAUGAGCGUCAACAAGCUAUAUUAAAGGAGGAAGAAAAAGUUAAAGAACAGCAUAGGAAGCGACUGCAACUUAACCAGGAUCAACUGGAGCAAAUAAAAGAACAUGAACAUUUAGAAGAACUGGCCAAACUAGCAAACAUAAAAGAAGGGCAAGAGAUUCAGGCAUUGACCAGGCUAUAUCAUUUGGAAAUGCAGGAAAAAGAGCACGAGGAAUAUAAGAAGAAGCUUGAGCGUAAACGGGCACAUCAGGAGCAUGUUUCUGAUCAGAUAAUUCUAAAGGCGAUAGAAAAGCAGAAACAAGAGGAAGAGGAUGAAAAAAUUCGAUUACAUUUUAAAGCAAAGCAAGUUAUGAAUAAGCUGAGAAAAGCAAAAGAAGAGGAAAUGCUGAGGUUAAUGGAGAAACGGAGAGAAGAUAUUUUUAACCGCCUCCUUGUACGGAUGCAAAAGAAGGAAGAAGAUGAAGAUGAGCGUAUUGCUAGAGAAAUUGCAGAGACAGAAGAGGAAGAAGAAAGAGAACGCAAAGCAAAAGAAGAAAAGAACAAAGCUGAGUUGGAAUCCAUCAAAGAACACAGAAUUGGUGUGAUGAAAGUGAAAGAAGAGAAAGAAAAACAGGAGAAGCUGGAAGCUAAAGAAAAGCUCCGUGAACUAAUGGAAGCGGACCGGAUCUUUCAGGAACUAGAGAAAGACAAGAAACACAGAUUUCACUGUGCAAAUUUAAAACAACAAGACGCUCAAAUAAUGCAAAUAGCUGAAAAAAUGGCAAGAGAAGACCGUGAGAAGCAAGAUGAGGCAGAAUAUGUUAGACAGAAAGAAUUAAUUGCAUUGUGCAAGGAGCAGGAAUUCCAGGAGUAUGCUAAGAAAGUUGUUGAUGAGGAAUCCAAGACUGCUCAGAAUCUCUACCCUCUUUUCAGAGCAGUAAAAGAAGGUUGUGCUGAUAUCUGUGGACCACUUUCUAGAGAAAGUGACAGAGAUAAGUCUGCUGCUAAAGUACGUUAUACUGGUGACACAGCUCAAGAAAUGAAAUUGCUAAAUGACCUUCAAUAUGGACAUACUAAGUCACGACUGGGUUUUACAUGGUAAAAAAAAAUUGUUUCAAAUGCUAAAAUGUCUAAUACACUUUGAAACAGCUCACUUUGUAACAUCUAAUGGAAAAAUAGCAAAUGUAAAAUGAUUGACUCAACUAUUUCAGUAUAUUUGCAUAAAACCUAGAAAAUCAUUAGUACUAGUCCAGACCUAUAAAGGUCUGCUAAAUGUGUCACACUUACAAGCAGUGUGAAAGCUUUGUUUUCCUUAUAAGAUUUGAAGUGUAGGGACAAAAUUGAGGAUCCAAAAAACCAUCUAUAGCUUACAAUGCAAUCUUAAUUUAGCAACCUCUACUGUAUUGCUUAUGUUUCUACAGCUUGUACAAACACCUUAAAUCUACACGUUGUAAAGAUAGUAUCUGCUCUUUAUUUAAGCUUUUCACCUGGAACUAUUUAUUUCUUUAUUUACUAGCCAUUCAGUAUCAAACAUAGAAUUCCUAAUCAUGUAUUUGUCCUUGGCAGGAAAGGAGUGAAGAGAAAAAAGAAAGAUACUUAAGCUUUUCCCUGCCCACUUUGCAUGUCAGAGACAAGCAUAGGAUUGUGAAUCCUAGGAAGUAGAGCCUAAAUACCUAGCUACAGCCUGAAAGAUUAAAUGGAAAAUGAACAAGUAGUGGUGGUGGGUUGUUUUUUUUUACACAAAGUAGAAAUAUUGGGAAAUGUCUAAUUACACAUUUAAUAGCACUAAGAAUUCUAUUGUAUAACUUCAGAACAUGUCUUCUUAACAAGAGGAAUUAUUGAUCAUCUGGUGUUUAAGCAGUAUUUAAAACCAAUGUAUUUAUAACCAAACCUCAAUAGGUGCUUCCUUAAAAGAAAUCCUUCAUUCUCUUCAAGUGUGAAAUGAUUUACAACUCAAUAAAACAGUUUACAGCAACAUA